AUGGUUGCGGUCUUGUUCAGCGUCGUCCUCUUGCUCCCAGCAUACACCUGGGCCUCAGUCUUUGUGGAUCCACAGUGUGCUCACUCGAUCCUGGGCGGGUCCAGACCUGGUUCAGAUCCGGUCUUGGUCCGGACCCGUAGAGCUAAUGGUUUCUUGGAGGAGCUGCGGACGGGGAACCUGGAGCGCGAGUGUGUGGAGGAGAAGUGCUCAUACGAGGAGGCCAGGGAGAUCUUCCCCCUGAGACAGCAGCUGGAGAACUUCUACACAAAAUACAAAGCUGGAGACCCGUGUGACUCCGCCCCCUGUCAGAACGGCGCCACCUGCACAAGACACGUGAACAGUUUCACCUGUAAAUGUGCACCUGGUUACCAUGGCAACCUGUGUGAUAAAGCCCGCCUGUCCUCGUCCUCCAGCUGUAGACACCGUAAUGGCGGUUGUGAACACUUCUGUGUUCACAACGCUACUGAGCGUGCUCAGAUGUGCUCCUGUGCAGACGGCUACAAGCGCAACCACGACAAUGCCAGCUGCUCUCCUAUUGUGGAUGUUCCGUGUGGUCGUCUGCAGAUGUUUUUUGCUCCCAGAGUUGUGAACGGACAAGUUUGUCCAAAAGGACACUGUCCCUGGCAGGCUCUUCUGAUGGAGAACCAUGUCUUCUCGUGUGGAGCUGUGAUCCUCAGUCCUCGUUGGGUCCUGACUGCGGCUCACUGUGUGUUUCCCAAACCUCAGAGUGUCUUCCAUGUGAUUGCAGGGGAACACGAUCGCUCGAUACUAGAGAAUACAGAGCAGAAGAGACGUGUGGUCCGAGUCCUGGUCCACCCAGAUUAUAACCAGACUACAGCGGACUCGGAUUUGGCUCUGCUCAGACUGGUCUGGGAUCUGAAGAUGAACCGGUUCGUGAUCCCGGUCUGUCUCCCGGGUCCCAGAGACCAGCUCUCAGGUCUGGUCCGGACUCUAGCCUCAGUCCGUGUCUCCACAGUGUCCGGAUGGGGCCGAGUGGUUCAACAGGGACAGGCAUCAGAAGUACUACAGAGGCUGAACGUCCCUCGGGUUCGGACCCUGGAUUGCAGAACCCACACUGGCCUGAACAUUUCUAAGAACAUGUUGUGUUUCGGCUUCCUGUCCGGGGGCCAGGACUCCUGUGAGGGGGACUCUGGGGGGCCUCUGGUGACGCGCUACAGGAAGACCUCCUUUUUGACUGGGAUCGUGUCCUGGGGCCGAGGCUGCGCCGACAAGGGCCAGUACGGCGUCUACACCAGGGUCGCCAACUUCCUACCCUGGAUCUACCGCGGCAUGGACACCAACUAG